UAACGUUCUACAAAUGCGUUUUGUUCGUGGUUGAAAUUAAAAAAUUAUAAAUGUUCUUCGUCUUGAACUGUUGGCUUUGACUGCUGGACUUCAGUUACCUUUAGUCACUGCAGUGGAAUUUAAAUUAUCUCUCGGAUUGUUGAGGUUUGAGAUAAUUAAUUUUUAUUAUCAUGGAAAAUACAUCCGAAGCACGAGAAAGAGAGCUGCAGGAUUUAGAUAGCUUCGUGGAGCAUUCAGAGAAAGAUUUACUUGAAAUCAUCCAUGCUUUAGGAUGGACAAAGGAGAGUAUUUUCAACAAGACAUCAGAUUUUAUCAAUUGUCCAUUCAAUGAUUCACAUCGGAUGACAGAAAAUUCAUUUGAACGACAUUUGGAGGCAUGUCAAUGGAAAGCUGAGGGUUACAACGAACAGGACAUCCCAUUGUCUAUUGUAAACAGUUCGUCGAAUUCGUCAGCUGCUAUUAUGUUUGACGAACAAUUGCAAGACGAUGUACUUGCCGCGGCCAAAAUCCAAAAUCCAGCUAUGAAAGUAGGUGUGGGCGACCGAUUAAUUCCCCGCACGUCAGAUAGACUUGUAGCGGAUUUUACGUCCGACGAGCGCAAGGCACUGUACGACCACGUCAUUGCGAACACCGUCAAGCCUGACAUCGGCGAUGACAUAGCUGAUAUCAACAGAUUAAAAAGUGAUGGAGAGCCUAAGAAAAUGUCAUUCCUGGAGCUCCUUGCCCAGGAACGUAACCUGAAACGACGGAGGGCAAAACACAGAGGAGUCCACACGAACAAAAAAUCCCAUGUAGAGAUUCUCCGGGAAGUCAUCGAACAGCAAAUGGAACUGUACGCGGAGUACCUCUCCGAUCAGCAGGGUCUGUGUUCUUCGGUGAAACUAGAAGUCGACUCGGCGUCAAAUAACAACGAGAAUCUCGGAAAAUGGUCCAGCACGAAGAGCGAAACCCAGAAUGCGGAGAACUUCCCUCUCAAAGGUGGCACUUCCUGGGCCCAAGAGAGAGACGUUUCCUGCCCCAGAGAAUGGAACGGCCGACGUCCUCCCGAUUUUCAGGACGGACACGAGAGCCACAAGGUACGCAGGAAGAGGGACCACGACUUCGACCGAGAUCCUUGGCGAGACUACGAAAAAAGUAGGCACGGACAUCGAGAGAGAGAAAGAGAUCAUCGGGGGGAAGAGAGACGGUCCUCGGGGAAACGAAGAGAGGAAUCGGAACGAAGGCACGAGUCCUCGCAUCGGAAGUCGCACAAAAAAGAGAAGCACCGGUCAGGGGACGAAUCGACGAGGGAGAGCUCUCACAAGUCACACCAUGAAAGACGUAAACGCUCCCACCACGACGAGGAAAGGAAGAGGAAGCGACGACCGACGCCGUGAAUCCACCUCCGAAGGAAAAUCUGGGA